CCCACCCACACUGUGGUCUUGUGGCUGGAGUCAUCUGAGGGACCUCGCCAUGGCCAUCGUGUCUGGCCACGCUGCCCUGAAUCCAGUUGGAGUUGGAUAGUGAUGGGCCCUCAGCCUGUCAUAGUCCCUCAGAGCAGACCAAGGACAGAGCCCCUGAGUCCACCAGGCCAGGCUGGCGUUGCUGGUGCUGUGGGCAUGGUGGGCUGGGGCACCUUGCUGCUGAUUGAGGAGAGGGAGGCUGCACGGAGGGCCAUUCCCACAGGGCUUAUUCCUCCCAACCAUGCACUCUGCAGCUGAGAGGAGCCCCGCCAGUGGGCCCGACAGUUGGGGCGAUGAGAAGAAGCCAACCCCAUGCACAGCUGGAGGGCUCCUCCCACACCAGGAGGGUGGCACCUGCUUCCUGAUGUGGGACAACACAGGAAGCCUCUGCUUGGCCUUGUCCCUCCACCUGAAGACCCAGCCCCGGGGAAGCCGAGAGAGGCCCCGGGCCCCACUGCACCCUCCCUGAGGAAGAGCAGUGCCUGAAGCGCAGGUGACCUGCUGUGCCCUGUGCCCCUUUCUGUGGAGGAAAUAGCCCUGGCCACUGACUGGGAUAGGCCAGGACAUGGCAGCUGGCAGGUGGGGCCUCUGGGUUGGCUGGCAAGAGGACCCUGAGCCCCCAUCCUGGGCUCGCUCACCUCGAAAAGAGGCAGAGGCUCCCAGAGGCAGCAGGAGUGACAGGUGCGGUGCCAGGGUGGUGGGCAGGAGUGACAGGUGCGGUGCCAGGGUGGUGGGCAGGAGUGACAGGUGCGGUGCCAGGGUGGUGGGCAGGAGUGACAGGUGCGGUGCCAGGGUGGUGGGCAGGAGUGACAGGUGCGGUGCCAGGGUGGUGGGCAGGAGUGACAGGUGCGGUGCCAGGGUGGUGAGCAGGUGCUGGCGGAACCCCGAACCCUGGUCCAGGAAGGCCCUUGAGGAGGAUGGUGACGAAGCCUGGUGGUGGCUGGUGCAGGGGAACUGGGAGGUCCAGGUGGUGGUGAGGAGUGGGACCCGGUACAGGGGAACUGGGAGGUCCAGGUGGUGGUGAGGAGCGGGACCUGGUGCAGGACCCGCGUCCAGGUGGGAGGCUGGUGCCAGGGCUGCCCACCGCUCCCCGCCCCCCGCUUGUUCUCCUGCUGGGCCCACUGACUCUUUCCAGGUAUCCUCUCCAGGCUGUAGGGCCCGAAGGUUAGGCGCGUGCCAGGAUCUGGGCAUUGGCAGCCCGGGCUGUGUGGACCACAUGGGAUGGGCUUGACAGGCAGGUGGCUCCGGAACCCACCCUGGGCCAGUCUCUGCUCUCAGCAUAUGGGCAGAGGGGCCUCGUUGUGAGAGACUGCCGGUCGCUGGGCCGGGAGGGGAGUGUGCGUUUUCAGCUCAGCCGUCACUUCCUUUGGUUUUGCAGAAGUGCUUGUGCCCAGGGUCGCUGGCUGGCAUGGGGGAGGACUGGGCAGCCCAGCCCUGUACCAGCAAGAGCGUGUCCUCCCAGGUUUGGGAGGGUUUCCAGGACCCUUGGUCCAGUUACAGUGAGGGAGGCAGACUCCCUGGGAGCCCCUCCCUGGGCGGCUCAGCCGUUCUGAUGGGGCCCAGGGGCCUCAGCGGGCUUACUCCUGCUCAUUUGCGGGGAGAGGCCCUGCCUCGUGUUAUUUAGAAUUUGAAAGGCAGGGAAGGGCCGGAGCGGGUGAGGAGUGGGUGGUGAGGAGCGGGACCCAGUGCAGGACCCGCGUCCAGGUGGGAGGCUGGUGCCAGGGCUGCACAAUUGGGGUAGACACCAGGGAGCAGGAGUGUGCAGGCCUCCAGGGCCGCUGCACGGGCUCGGCUGCUGAGGAGGGAAGCCCCCACAGCCCUGGGGCUCAGAGGGGCUGGACUGGUUCCAGGAGGCUCUGGCGUGCCCCAGCCCACUUGGCCCCUCCACCACUGGGGUCGGCCUUCCUUGGCCCUUCUGGUUCCAGCUCACUGCUUCCUCACCUACUGACCCCCUCUGUUUUGGGCAUGACCAGAGAACCCUGUAUCUCUUGCUGGGCCUUGGAGCUGGGCACAGCAACCAGAAGACACAGCCACAUGGAUCCUGACGAAGCAGCAGCUGGGAGGGCAGCGCCGGGCACACAGACCCCUGAGGGAGGGUCUGAAGACCCCUAGCGCCAUCCCACCACCUCCACCCAGGGGGUCACCACACCACCUCCACCCAGGGGGCCACCACACCACCUCCACCCAGGGGGACACCCUGCCAUCUCCACCCAGGGGGUCACCACACCACCUCCACCCAGGGGGACACCCUGCCAUCUCCACCCAGGGGGCUGGCCCGAGACGCAGGGAGGAGUGGAUACUGACUCCAGCCACUGGCAGGGUAGGGGCAGAAUCAGGAGGCCCAGGGCCCCUCUGGCCACACUGCCUGUCCUGGGAGGGGACUGACUGCACUUACUGGCUUCCUGUGAGAGUCGCAGCUGACAGAGGGCAGCACCGGGCAGUGUGGAGUGGGGGAUGGGCCUGGCACUAGGCAGGCAGGAUUGGAGACAGUAAGGCAGCUGCCAGGCUCAGCCUCCAUCCUUGCAUGGGGUCCAGAAACAGCAGGGCGAGACCCUCAGGCUUUGCAGGGCUCUGGGCGAGGCAUAAACACAUCUGAGGGUUUAGGGCACUCGCCUCCCUGCAAACCCUCUUUGACUGCUCAGGAUGGUGCCUGUUUUCUAGGCACCUCAGGUUAGGGAAUGAAGCAGAGGGACAGGCCCCUGGGUGCCCUGAGCCAUCUGCUGGCCACCCCCAUGUCUCCUCCUCCAACCCCUCAUGCCGUGGGUGACACAGCUUCCAGGCCAGGUGCACACUAUACCUUGGGUAGUUACUUCACCAGGAAAAAUUCCUAGAAGGGGUUUAGCCGGGUCAAAAGUUAAAGCAUGAAGAUUUUCGGAAACAUGCCUCCACGCUUUGCCGCAAGCCGCUCACGCCCCAUCAGUCCCGUAGGACACUCGCCUUCGCUCACACACUGUGAAUUUAAAAGUUCUUUCUUUUUGCCAACAUGGUAGGCCAAAAAGAUUUUAAAGGACUGCCUUUCGGAUGUUCGUGUUUGCAUUUCCUUGAUUAGAAGUGGAGUUGAGCAUUUUUCACAUUUUAGAAUUUUUUUUUUGAGACGGAGUCUCUCUGUCGCCCAGGCUGGAGUGUAACAGCGAAAUCUCAGCUCACUGCAACCUCCGCCUCCUGGACUCAAGCGAUCCUCCCACCUCAGCCUCCCGAGUAGCUGGGACUACAUGUGUGUGCCAUCGUGCCUGUUUAUAUUUUUGUGGAUAUGGGGUGUCACUAUAUUGCCCAGGCCGGUCUUGAACUCCUGGACUCAAGCGAUCCUCCCACCUCAGCCUCUCAGAGUGCUGGGAUGUACAGGUGUGAGUUACCAUAACCAGCCUUUAGGGCUAUUUUUAUGUCUUCUGUGAAAGCUCAUCAGCUUUCUUUUCUCUCCCAGCACUUUCAGAGGCCAAGAUGGGCAGAUCACCAGGUCAGGAGAUCAAGACCAUCCUGGCCAACAUGAUGAAACCCCAUCUCUACUGAAAACACAAAAAUUAGCUGGGCAUGGUGGCACAUGCCUGUAAUCCCAGCUCCUUCGGAGGCUGAGGCAGGAGAAUCACUUGAACCAGGGAGUCGGAGGUUGCAGUGAGCUGAGAUCGCACCACUGCACUUUAGCCUGGCAACAGAGCAAGACUUUAUCUCAAAAAAAAAGAUAUAGCGGACACACAAGAAUCGUACAUAGGACAGGUGCAGUGGCUCACGCCUGUAAUCCCAGCACUUUGGGAGGCCGAGGUGGAUAGAUCAUUUGAGAUCAGGAGUUCAAGACCAGCCUGGCCAACAUGAUGAAACCCUGUCUCUAUUAAAAAUACAAAAAUUGGCCAGGCACAGUGGCUCACGCCUGUAAUCCCAGCACUUUGGGAAGGUGGAUCACCUGAGGCCAAAAGUUCGAGACCAGCCUGGCCAAUGUGGUAAAACCCCAUCUCUAGUAAAAAUGCAAAAACUAGCUGGGUGUGGUGGUGUGUGCCUGUGAUCUCAGCUACUUGGGAGGCUGAGGCAGGAGAAUCGCUUGAAGCCAGGAGGCGGACUUUGCACUGAGCCGAGAUCGAGCCAUUGUACUCCAGCCUGAGCAACAGAGAGCAACUCCGUCUUUAAAAAAAAUAUGAAAAUUCGCUGGGCAUGGUGGCGGGUGCCUGUAGUCCCAGCUACUCGGCAGGCUGGGGCAGGAGAAUCACUUGAAUCCGGGAGGCAGAGGUUGCAGUGAGCUGAGAUUGCGCCACUGCACUCCAGCCUGGGCAACACAGCAAGACUCCGUCUCAACAACAACAACAACGAAAAGAAUCGCACAAAGUCAUGGUGUGUGACGUGACGUUCUGGCGCCUGCUGGCUUGGAGCCUUGCCUCUGUUUCCCCUGUGGGAUGCAAUGGCACAUCCUUACCUUUAAAAAACACCUGCAAAUCAACGAGGCACUUAGUCAAUCAGGAAAUACUAGCCGUUUUGUCAAUGAAUUAAUUUGUGGUUUCAUCUGAUUUCCCUAAAGCAAUCUCAACCUACUGUUUCUCCAGGUCCUUUUAAGCUCUCAGAGUGAACGUCGUGGUAGGACCGACAAGACGCAUGACAUGCACUUAGGAAGCUUAUUUUAGAGCCAGACUGAGAUCGGAACCAGCACGUAUGUCAGGAAACGCCACCCCAGUGACCACCCUGUGGACUUCCGUGGGCCUCGCCACCAAGACCUGCAGCAACGUGUCGUUUGAGGAGAGCAGGCUGGUCCUCGUCGUGGUGUACAGCGCCGUGUGCGUGCUGGGGCUGCCGGCCAACUUCCUGACCGCGUGGCUAGCGCUGCUGCAGGUGCUUCAGGGCAACGUGCUGGCGGUCUACCUGCUCUGCCUGUCGCUCUGCGAGCUGCUGUACGCCGGCACGCUGCCGCUCUGGGUCGUCUACAUCCACAACGAGCACCGCUGGACCCUGGGCCUGCUGGCCUGCAAGGCGACCGCCUACGUCUUCUUCUGCAACAUCUAUGUCAGCAUCUUCUUCCUGUGCUGCAUCUCCUGCGACCGCUUCGUGGCCGUGGUGUAUGCGCUGGAGAGUCGGGGCCACCGCCGCCAGAGGACCGCCAUCCUCAUCUCCGCGUGCAUCUUUAUUCUCGUGGGGGUCGUUCACUACCCGGUGUUUGAGGCAGAAGACAAGGAAACGUGCUUCGACAUGCUGCAGAUAGACAGCAGGAUCGCCGGGUACUACUACGCCAGGUUCACCGCUGGCUUCGCCAUCCCGCUGUCCAUCAUUGCCUUCACCAAUCACCGGAUCUUCAGGAGCAUCAAGCUGAGCGUGGGUCUGAGCGCCGCCCAGAAGGCCAAGGUGAAGCACUCAGCCAUCGCGGUGGUGGUCAUCUUCCUGGUCUGCUUCGCCCCGUACCACCUGAUUCUCCUCGUCAAAGCUGCCGCCUUUUCCUACUACAGAGGAGACAGGAGCUCCAUGUGCGCCUUGGAGGAGAGGUUGUACACAGCGUCCGUGGUGUUUCUCUGCCUGUCCACCGUCAACAGCGUGGCUGACCCCAUCAUCUACGUGCUGGCCACAGAACAUUCCCGCCAAGAAGUGUCCAGAAUCCACACGGGGUGGAAACAGUGGUCCAUGAGGACAGACGUCACCAGGCUGAUCCACACCAGGGACACAGAGGAGCUGCAGUCGCCCGUGGCACUGGUAGACCACACCUUCUCUGGGCCUGUGCACCUUCCGGGGUCACCAUGCUCCCCCAAGAGGCUGAUGGAGGAGUCCUGCUGAGCCCACUGUGUGGCGCAGAGGCUGGCAGGCUGGGGGUCCUGGGGCCAGCAAUGUGGCUCCUGUCCACUGAGCCCUCCAGCCACAGUGCCCGUGUCCCCUCUGGAAGACAAACUCCCAACUUCUCAUUUCUGAAGCCACUCCCUCAGUGACCCCUGGCCCUGGGCUUUCCCAUGUGGAAGGUGGCUGCAUGCCAAGGGCACAGCGAUGCCUCCAGGCUGCCGGGAGCCCAGAGAGCAUGUGGCAGACAGUGGGGCCUCUUCAUCAGCAGCCCACCUGGCUCGCUCCCUCAGCUGUGGGCAGGCAGCAGGGCUGCUGGCAGAGAUACCCAGUGGCUGCCCUGUUCACAUCAGUGCUGAUGACUUUAUUUUCUGGGCAUUUCUGCAAGUGUUGCCCGGAUGCAGUGGCACACAUGGGCCCUCCAAGCUCCUGCCUCAGAAUGCCAGUGGGCAGCAUGCCAGGGGUCACCCAGCACCAUGGCAGCACCCAGUAGGGCAUAGGGCAGCCCCCACCUCCAAGGGGGCAGAAGCCCUUGUCUGGGGUUGGGUCUGUGCUGAGCCGGAAGGUCCUUGGGGGCUGUGGAGCAGCGUGGCCAGCUGUUCUGGUUCCCAGAGGGCAGCCCAGGUGUCCUCCAUGGGGGACCCCAAAUAUCCACAUCCAGAACACCAGGUGGCAGGAUAGGCGUGACACAGCCAUGGCAGAGCCAAGGGGUGCCAGAGUCCCCAGCUGCAUCCUCGGGGAGAAUGCAGGUGUCUGCACCAGGUGGGGUCCACGCCCCUAGCGCCUCACUGAGGCGGGACGCAGCAGCUGGCCUGCUUGUCUGACAGAGAAAGCCAGCUCCCUGUACCCUUGGGGCCAAGUCAGAUCUGGUUCUGCCCUGACAGGCCCUGACUAGGCCGGGUCACAGUGAUAACCUGGUUUCUCCAUCUGUAAAAUGGGGCCAAUGACACCGACCUCGCAGGGCCACCAUUGGGGUUCAUCUUCCUCCCUGCACUCAGUGUACUGAGCCAGCCGGUGCUGCACCUGGACGGGGAGCCCAGCGCCCAGUACAGCGCAGGGGCUUCCAGCGUGGCUGCGCGGGGCGGUGAGGCUGAGCUGCACUUUCAUUCUAUAAGGCAGCUGUGCAGACGUUCUUCCUUUUUUAAAAAAAAUAAUAUUUAUUUUGUUAGAGACAGGGCCUUGCUCUGUUGCUCUGUUGCCUGGGCUGGAGUACAGUGGCCCCAUCAUAGCCCACUGCAGCCUCAAACUCGUGGACUCAAGCAAUCCUCCCACCUCAGCCUCCUGAAUCGCCGGGACUACAGGCGUGCACCACCACACACCCAGCCAAAAUCACCGUCUUUCUUAAGAGUCAUCAGAAAAAUACCACAUGGAAAAAACCUUGUCUCUUUUUUUGGUAUUAAAAAAAAACAGCUGGGCACGGUGGCUCACGCCUGUCAUCCCAGCACUUUGGGAGGCCGAGGUGAGCGGAUCACAAGGUCAAGAGACGGAGACCAUCCCGGCCAACAUGGUGAAACCCCGUCUCUACUAAAAAUACAAAAAUUAGCCGGGCGUGGUGAUGUGCACUUGUAGUCCCAGCUACUCGGGAGGCUGAGGCGGAAGAAUCACUUGAACCCGGGAGGCAGAGGUUGCAGUGAGCUGAGAUGGAGCCACUGCACUCCAGCCUGGCGACAGAGUGAGACUCUGUCUCAAAAAAAAUUAAAAUAGAUAAAUAAAGAAAAAAGAAAGAAUUCAAUUUAAACUUUGAGUGAACGUUUUCCCUGCUGUAGAGGAGGGUGCCCCUCGACUCUCAUAAGAACAGUUGUGACCAGGGACUUGAAAAGUUGGGGCUGAGGUUUUGGACCAUUGAGGCAUUCAGGAUGCCUCAAUUCAUCUGAGGCAGGAGAAUUGCUUGAACUCGGGAGGUGGAGGUUGCAGUGAGCCAAGAUCGAACCAUUGCACUCCAGCCUGGGCAGCAAGAGCAAAUUCCGUCUCAACAUCUGCAACAACAAAAUGGUUCUCUCACAGCUCUGAAGGCCAGAGUCCACUUUCUCAUCUUUUGUUGCCACAAAUAACAGCUUCAUUCCCAUCGUUCCCAGGCCAGAUCCCAGCCUGCAGACUGGGUGCCCUCUUCCCAUGCCAGAUCCCAGCCUGCAGACUGGGCGCCCUCUUCCCAUGCCAGAUCCCAGCCUGCAGACUGGGCGCCCUCUUCCCAUGCCAGAUCCCAGCCUGCAGACUGGGCGCCCUCUUCCCAUGCCAGAUCCCAGCCUGCAGACUGGGCGCCCUCUUCCCAUGCCAGAUCCCAGCCUGCAGACUGGGCGCCCUCUUCCCAUGCCAGAUCCCAGCCUGCAGACUGGGUGCCAUCUCACCCACCAGUAGGGACAGCAGGGCUGGGCCAAGGCAGCCAGAAUACCUGGUUCAGGUGAGGGACUGCCCAGACUGGCUGGUGUCACAGUGGCAGGAAGGCCACCAGACAUAGUCAGGCGAGGUGGCACCUGCAGUCUCAGUUGCUCAGGAGGCUGAGGUGGGAGGAUCGGUUGAGCCUGGGAGGUGGAGGCUGCAGUGAGCUAGGACUGCACCACUGCACGUGGGGAGGCCAGAGGGUGCUUGGGAGCAACAUCUGUGGCGCAAUUUAAAAAUGGACACCAGACCUGCAGGACCCAGGACAGUCACCAUCAGGUGGAGAAGCUCUAUGCAAAGACAAGCCACUCAGAGUCAAACCUGAUGGGAGGGGCAGCUACGGGGACCUUGCCCAAGGUGAGGCCCAGAUGGGACCAGGCACCCAGGAAGGGAGGCCCAGCUGGCCCUUGAUGCUGAGACCCUCAGGGGCUGUGGGCGGAGGGCAGCAGCUGGGCAGGUGGAGGUCACAGGGCUGCCUGGCUCCUCACUGCCCUGCAGCUGCUCUGGCCGUCAGCAAGGGUCACGGCAUGGCUUUGUCAGCAGCCACUGCUCACGGACCACAGGCCCUGGCCCUGUCAUCCGGCUUGUGCUGCUGGUGGGAGCGUCUGAGGUCGCCAGUGCUGGGAGCAGCCCCGUGUGGAGUCUGCGCUCACUCCCUCGCUCAGGCACCCCUCUGCGAGGGGCUCCCCAGGGCACCCCAGGUAGUGAGGACACCACAGUGAAGCCCACUGCGACCCACACAGAGGCAGGAAUGAGGAAGGAAGCCCCGAGGGCCACCCCUGCCUCUGGCACUGGGCCCUGCCCUCCAGGCUCAGGCCACAGUUGCCCCUUCAGACAGGGCCUGGGAGGGGCAGCACCGGCAUCUGCUCUGUCCUCUGCCCUGUCGAAACCGUGACAGGGAGAGGGGACCACCCAGAUCUCUGACCUAUAUAUAGAAUAGCUCUCCCAGGUCCUACUGCGAGGAAGACGCCUGCCAGUGGCAGGACCAGUUCAGAAGCAGCACCGCAGGCUCUCCGGAAGGCGCUGUGUCCCAGGAGGCCCAUCCACGCCCACCCGCCCCCAACCACCCCCACUCCGCCUGGCAUCCAGCGACAGCCCAGGGAGAGGCUGCGUAGCCAGGGAGGCAGGGAGCGUUUUGCUGGGAAUUCUGGGAUCCUCCUGCCUGGAGUUGGUCCAGGGGAGCACAG